UGGAGAGACUCCCCCCACCCCCUCCCUCCUCCCCCGAGCGAGAACGACCCAGUGCGCAUGCGCGGAAUAUUCGAUCACUGGCGGUGGAGCUAACGGCUAAGCACAAGCCAACAUGGAGAGGAAAGUUUUGGCAAUCCAGGCGAGGAAGAAGAGGGCGAAAGCGAAGAAGACCAGCAAAAAGCAACAGCCAGCCAAUCCCAGAGCUCGACAGCAGCCCCAGCACGAAGCGUCGCCUCAGGACCCCGAGGAACCGGAGGAGAUUCUCGGCUCUGAUGAUGAGGAGCAGGAGGAUCCUAAUGACUACUGCAAAGGUGGCUACCACCACGUGAAAGUAGGCGACCUUUACAACGGAAAAUACCAUGUGAUCCGGAAACUGGGCUGGGGACACUUCUCUACCGUUUGGCUCGCCUGGGACAUCCAGGUGAAGAGGUUUGUUGCAAUGAAGGUGGUGAAGAGUGCAGAGCACUACACGGAGACGGCAGUGGAUGAGAUCAAACUCCUCAGAUCUGUAAGGAACUCAGGCCCCAAUGACCCCAACCGUGAGAUGGUGGUGCAGCUGCUAGAUGACUUCAAAAUCUCUGGUGUCAAUGGAACUCAUGUCUGUAUGGUGUUCGAGGUGUUGGGGCAUCACUUAUUGAAGUGGAUAAUAAAGUCAAAUUACCAAGGGUUGCCACUGCCAUGCGUGAAAAGCAUCAUAAGACAGGUUCUCCAAGGCCUGGACUACCUGCACACUAAGUGUGAGAUAAUCCACACAGACAUCAAGCCAGAGAACAUCCUGAUGAGUGUUGAUGAGCCUUACGUGCGGAAGCUCGCAGCCGAGGCCACAGAGUGGCAGAAGGCCGGGGCUCCACCUCCCUCUGGUUCAGCAAUAAGCACAGCACCUGCUCCAAAACAGACAGUAAAAAUGUCAAAAAACAAGAAGAAGAAAUUGAAAAAGAAGCAGAAGCGCCAAGCGGAACUGUUGGAAAAGUGCAUCAUGGACCUGGAGAAAAUGGACAAGACCACAGAGACACGAGAGGAGGAAGACGAUGAAGAUGAAGAUCCACAGUCUCCGAAGGGACGAGUAUGUGCUCCUCUCCGACAGGUGUCUCUUCAGGAACUAGAAAACGAUGACACGGGGGAGAGCAGUGUGCAUGCCGAUCUCCUGAGGGUGGGACCAGAGGGGCUGUCGGAGAUGAACUGUAAUGGCCAUGUGGAGGUGGAGCAGAGACAGUCCCAGUGGAGAGACGAGGACCAACACAACGGCAACGCAGCCGCCGCAGAGAAAUGUGCCAGUGACGAGGAGCAACACAAGGAGUCCCCUGUCCACCACGUCUCCAACGGCGUGGACUCUGCCGAUCCCAACGAGCUGGACACUGAGACUGAAGUCCGGGGCGCUCACAGCAGCGUAGUUACCGAAAUACACUUUCCCACUGGGCUGGAGGACGGAGAGCUGGAGCAAAGCAUUUUGCAGGACGAGGUGGAGGAUGGGCCUGACUGUCCAUUUGGGACCCAGGAAAGCCUGAGAAACGGCAAGCUAACAGCAGGAGCCCUGCUAGUUAACCCCCUUGAGCCACUCAAUGCUGACAAGAUCAAGGUCAAGAUUGCAGACUUGGGAAAUGCCUGCUGGGUGAACAAGCACUUUACGGAAGACAUACAGACACGGCAGUACCGGUCCUUAGAAGUGUUGAUUGGUGCUGGAUACAGCACACCGGCCGAUAUAUGGAGCACAGCCUGCAUGGCCUUUGAGCUCUCCACAGGGGACUAUUUGUUCGAACCACAUUCUGGGGAGGAUUAUUCAAGAGAUGAAGACCAUAUAGCGCUGAUCAUUGAGCUGCUGGGGAGUGUCCCACGCAAACUCAUAGUGACUGGCAAAUAUUCCAAGGAUUUUUUCACCAAAAAAGGUGACCUGAAACACAUCACAAAGCUGAAGCCGUGGGGUUUGCUGGAGGUGCUGGUCGACAAGUACGAGUGGCCUCGCGAAGAGGCCGACUGCUUCACCGACUUCCUGCUUCCCAUGCUGGAGCUGAUCCCCGAGAAGAGAGCCACUGCAGCAGACUGCUUGCGCCACCCGUGGCUCGCCCUCUAGUGGACACCUGCGGCCCAUGCACCUCCCACUCCCACCCUCACUCCCUCCCUCUUCCAGAGACUGCAACAGAUCACUUUCCAGAUUGGGCAUAUCAGAUGAAUAUUUAUUUAUUUUUUUUGUUUUUGUCUCAUGUUUUUGUUAUCGAGCUAAUGCCUCUAUGUAUGUUUGCUUUGUAUUUGUCGGUUCUUCUCUUGGUGCGAUGACGUCAGGAAUCCAGUGGAUUGUAUUUCUUUGUGGUUAUGUUGGCUCCCGACUGCUGUGCUCUGUUCACCCAUCCAGCUAAGCAAACCUGUUAUUGUACUGCUAGUGACUCAUCCUUGUUUGUUACACUCCUGCACUAAAACCCAAACAAACCAAGGAUAUGUAGCUUUUAUUGGUCAUCUUGUCCCCUCGGAAAAAGGACUUACUAUCACCUUCUUUCCUCAUUAGUGCUGUGUUCCUUUUUUAUGAAUUACUUUAUCUCCUAUUACACAUGUAAGGUAUACAUUUUGUACUUGUAAAGUAGGUGUAGGAAGUUGCACACUGGGCUGACAUUUACACUGACUGCGGUAAUGUUCACAGCAUUUUCUCCAGACAGACUAGUUUCCAACGUUUGAGAAAGUAGGUCAUAUUAUUUAGCCAUAACAAAUCUGUUAUCACCUGGUGUUUAACGUGUUGAGUUAAUUAUAGAAAAUGAGAUCAUUCAUUCUCAUGGGAGGCUGGUAUUCUCAUACACACCUAUUGCAAUUCAGGAAUAUAGUGUUUUAAAGGUUGCAACAAAUACAACAUUUUAAGAAGCCCAAUUUAAAGGAAAAGAAUAAGUGAAAAUAAACUGUAUAUAUCUGUACCAAAGAGUUUGCCUUUAUGUAUAUUACAGUUAUGUACAGUUUCUAACAAAUCUUAUAUCUUAGCUAAAGUAAUUUAGCUGGGUAGCUGUGUUUUAUUAAAAGCGUAUGGAAGAUGUGUUUGAGCUCAGUAUGUGUGGCCAGCCGUUCAACUACGACUCUGUUUUUACCAUAGACCAUGGCGAGAUCUGACAUCAUGUCAUUGUGUCUCGAGAUUGAUCAUAUCAGAGUAACCCAUGUAUCUGUUGAGGCCUAGAAACAAAAUUCACAUCAGUGUCAGAUUCAAGAGCUUAGACUUUGUGUGAGCUCUCGACUCACCGAACCGUACAACACGUCAUACAAUAAAACCGCUGUUCAUACAAUGCAAAA